GGGGCUUCCCGAUCCCGCGCAAAUCGAAAGGUCCAUGGCUGCGCUUGCAGCAGCCGCUCGCCGCCGUUCUGAACCCCAGGUUUGAGGAGCCACGGCGCCUGGAAUGGACUUGUGUGCUAUGCCUGUUCGUUCGGGAGACGGGACUAAGUUAACUUGGCACGAUGGGGAUUCAAGGGUUACUUCAGUUCAUCCAAGAAGCUUCUGAACCUGUCAACGUGAAGAAGUACAAAGGACAGGCAGUGGCUGUGGAUACCUACUGUUGGCUUCACAAAGGGGCUAUUGCUUGUGCUGAAAAGCUAGCCAAAGGGGAACCUACAGAUAGGUAUGUAGGAUUUUGUAUGAAGUUUGUUAAUAUGCUGCUGUCUUAUGGGGUCAAGCCGAUUCUCAUAUUUGACGGAUGUACUCUACCUUCUAAAAAGGAAGUGGAGCGGUCUCGAAGAGAGAGACGACAAAGCAACCUUCUUAAAGGGAAGCAGCUUCUUCGAGAGGGCAAAGUGUCAGAAGCCCGAGACUGCUUCGCUCGCUCUAUCAACAUCACGCACGCCAUGGCCCACAAAGUAAUAAAAGCUGCUCGGGCCCUAGGAGUGGAUUGCCUCGUGGCUCCGUAUGAAGCUGAUGCUCAGUUGGCCUACCUUAACAAGGCUGGCAUCGUGCAGGCUGUCAUCACAGAGGACUCUGACCUCCUCGCAUUUGGCUGUAAGAAGGUGAUUUUAAAAAUGGAUCAGUUUGGAAAUGGACUGGAAGUGGACCAGGCACGGCUAGGCAUGUGCAAGCAGCUUGGGGAUGUAUUCACGGAGGAGAAGUUCCGGUACAUGUGCAUUCUGUCCGGCUGUGACUACCUCGCCUCCCUUCGUGGGAUCGGCUUAGCCAAGGCCUGCAAAGUGCUGAGACUGGCCAAUAACCCCGAUAUCGUGAAGGUUAUCAAGAAAAUUGGGCAUUAUCUCAGGAUGAAUAUAACGGUGCCCGAGGAUUACAUCACAGGAUUUAUUCGUGCCAACAAUACUUUCCUCUACCAGCUCGUGUUCGACCCCAUCCAAAGGAAGCUGGUCCCUCUGAAUGCCUACGGAGAUGACGUUAAUCCCGAAACACUGACUUACGCUGGGCAGUACGUCGGUGACUCUGUAGCUCUUCAGAUCGCCCUUGGAAAUAGAGAUGUAAAUACUUUUGAACAGAUUGAUGACUACAGUCCAGACACCAUGCCAGCCCACUCAAGAAGCCACAGCUGGAAUGAGAAAGCAGGUCAGAAACCACCUGGUACCAACAGCAUUUGGCACAAGAAUUAUUGUCCUAGACUUGAGGUGAACAGUGUCUCCCACGCUCCUCAACUGAAGGAAAAGCCAAGCACUUUGGGCCUUAAACAAGUGAUUAGUACUAAAGGGUUAAAUCUUCCCAGGAAGUCUUGUGUGUUGAAAAGACCAAGAAAUGAAGCGCUGGCUGAAGAUGACCUGUUGAGCCAGUAUUCGUCAGUUUCAAAGAAGAUCAAGGAAAAUGGCUGUGGGGAUGGCACAUCACCUAACUCUUCUAAAAUGUCCAAGUCCUGCCCCGAUUCUGGGACUGCUCACAAGACAGAUGCACACACCCCGUCUAAGAUGAGGAAUAAAUUUGCAACGUUCUUACAGAGGAGGAAUGAAGAAAGCGGUGCAGUCGUGGUUCCAGGGACCAGAAGCAGGUUUUUUUGCAGUUCUCAGGAUUUUGACAAUUUCAUACCAAAAAAAGAAAGCGGCCAGCCUCUAAAUGAAACUGUGGCCACUGGCAAAGCCACCACCAGCCUCCUCGGGGCACUGGACUGUCCAGACACGGAAGGCCACAAGCCGGUUGAUGCAAAUGGGACGCACAAUCUGAGCUCUCAGAUUCCAGGCAAUGCAGCUGUGUCUCCUGAGGAUGAGGCUCAGUCCUCUGAGACCAGCAAACUCUUGGGGGCCAUGUCCCCACCCAGUCUGGGGACACUAAGAAGCUGUUUCAGUUGGUCUGGCACUCUCAGGGAAUUUUCUCGAACUCCAAGUCCCUCAGCAAGCACUACAUUGCAGCAGUUCCGGAGAAAGAGCGACCCCCCUGCCUGUCUUCCUGAGGCCUCUGCCGUGGUCACUGACAGGUGCGACUCAAAGAGCGAGAUGCUGGGUGAGACGUCUCAGCCCUUGCACGAGCUGGGCUGCUCCUCGCGGUCUCAGGAAAGCAUGGACUCCUCGUGCGGCCUAAACACGUCGAGCCUGUCCCAGCCUUCCAGUAGGGAUUCAGGUUCAGAGGAGUCGGAUUGUAACAAUAAGUCACUUGAUAAUCAAGGGGAACAGAACUCCAAGCAACACUUACCUCACUUUUCAAAGAAAGACGGACUUAGACGGAACAAGGUUCCUGGGCUCUGUAGGUCUAGUUCUAUGGACUCUUUUUCUACAACCAAGAUCAAGCCCCUGGUGCCUGCCAGGGUCAGUGGCCUGAGCAAGAAGUCAGGAAGCAUGCAGACGAGAAAACACCAUGAUGUGGAGAACAAGCCAGGCCUACAGACGAAGAUCAGCGAGCUCUGGAAAAACUUUGGGUUUAAAAAAGAUUCUGAAAAGCUUCCUUCUUGUAAGAAGCCCCUGUCUCCAGUCAAGGACAAUAUCCAACUCACUCCAGAGACAGAAGAUGAGAUCUUUAACAAGCCCGAGUGUGUACGCGCUCAGAGAGCAAUAUUUCACUAAGUGCAGACCGUUGCCUACAAGAAAAUCUUAUCAACUGGAGAGAUGUAUUAGUCUCAAUGUCAUUUUUUAAAUGGAUUACAUUUUGUAUAUUAACUUUGUGACUUUCUUUUGCUCAGCUUUUUAUAUUUUCAUAGAAAGCUAAAUAGAAGAAUAAAUCUGUCUUUGACAUUUCUGGGAAGUUUAAAUGCUAAUUGGACAAAUCUUCUGACAUCAGUAGCAAUCUAAAGGACUCUACCAUGUAUGUAGCAUCUAGUCUAUUGUGAGUAGAAAGCCACAGGUGCCUACAGCCACUUAGACCCAAGAACAGAUGACUCGCCAGCUUCCAACCACUCCAGCCGCCUUUCUGUCAGCCCUGUAAGGGUAAAUUGAGAAGAGUGUUGCUGGGAUGGGAAGGGGCAGCAGGAGGAGCUGUCUGCCUAAGAUUGUUCACACGCCUCGGUCUCAAAGCUGCUACCUGGUUUUCUCCAUGCACUUCUGAAGUGUGGCUCAAAAGUUCCUUUGCAUUUACUUAACCCUGUGCAAGAUGCUGAAGCUGCAGAGCCUGUGAUCAAUAUAUUCUGCAAAGAUCCAGGCAGAGGUUUUGGAAGGAAUCAGCCAUACCUGGACCAAUCUGAACAAUCAGAAGGAAAGGCAUGAUGAAGCCAUCUAUGAUACAGGCGAGAGUCCAAGACUUAGAAUCUUUAAAAGGGAGUUGGGGAGGGGCAAACACAGAUUUAUUUGGAAAAUCCUAAUCUGAAGCUCAGAUUUGAGCCCGCCGUGAGCAGUCCUGUCACCACACAGGUCAGACAGACAGACAGACAGACACCAUCUACAGGUAUUCAUCUCUGGAAUGUCAGGAAACCAGUAAAAUGCACUAUACAGCUUUUCUGGGAAGCAUCAAGCAAGAAGGAAGAGUGUCAGUCAAGGAAGGGUGGGUUCUCUGUUGGCAGCAGCCAAGCAGGUCUUGUGGAUGGCUUCUAUCAGUGGUGAGACAGGCAAGCUCCUGUUAGCCAAGGGUAGAGGGCAAGGCUGGAAACAGGCUAUUUUUUUCUCAAAUCUUUAAAACAACAACAAGAUCUCCAAGUCACUGCAGUACACAAGCCCCAUUAACAGCUAGUUUCCAUGACAGUCUUCAUAGUUUGCAAAUAGAAAUUGCUCCAUAGUAUCUGACCACAGACCAUAGGAUAGGCCACAGAUAACCACGUAUCACAGUAGUAGGACUUGAGAACUGCACCAUUGACAGUACAGUUCAAAGGAUGGAGACCAGCCAGAGUCCCUCUGAUUGUGACUCCUUGUAGCUUCUUUUGGACCAUGUUUGUCUAUGUUUGGUUCCUGCUCACAAGAACAGGUGUGGGGAUUGGGCCACACUGAGCAAGGGACAUGAGCAGGUUGAUGGGGUAUUAAGGUUGUCACUACUUUGUCUUUAAAGUGUCAUUUGUGGAGGGACAAGAAAAAGGCUGGAAAUUCAGGUAGGUCAGAUUUUGAAAGUUCAGACACAGGAGUAUAGACUUAAGAUCAAGUCACGAGAGAAAGCGUUGCCUGGCCAGUAUCUCUUCCCUUCUCCAUUCUUUAUUGUGAAGUUUCAUUGAGCUACUAUAUGAGAGUGGGCAGAAGAGCGUAGACGUAGGUAAGGCCAGGAGUUGCUGGCUGGACUAUAUUCCAGUGUGAGAAUACCAAACCCUCACGCAUCUUUCUUUAUCCCAGGUCACACUUGUAGCUUUGCCUUGAGUUUUGUUUGGGUUUAUUUUCUCCCUCCCUUUCCCCCUAAGAAGCUAUAACUGCUUAUAAAGGUAGAGAGAGAGUAGCCAAAACCAAUCCGUGAGAUCUCACAGUGCUAGGCACGCAUGCAGCUCCCAAGUCUCGCAAAUAACUAUACUGUCAGGGAUUACAAUAACUAUCUCCAUACAUACCAAGCUUGGUGGUGCACACCUUUAAUCCCAGCUAACAGGAGGCAGAAGCAAGAUCUCCGAGUUGAACCAGCCUGGUCUACAGACUGAGUUCCAGGAUAGCGAGGGCUAAACAGAAAAACCUUGUCUCCAAAUCCCAAUAAUAAUAAGCAAUAAUCUUCAUUUUGCGACAUAAACCAAACGUAGAGGUACACACUUGUAAUCCCAGCCUGGGAGGGAGAGGCGGUAUUAGUUCAAGGUCUUUUUACAUGCUGAGUUUAAAGCCAGUUUUUGAGAUCCUGCCUAUUUAGGGGAGAAUCUACCUUUUUAAAUGCAUGACCAAAGGAGAGAAAGGCGGCCUGGGGGUCUGGGGAGAUAUCUUUGCUGGGGUUCUCUAAUUAAAUAAGGUUCUCUCAUCAACUCUACACAUUGGGUUUCCCAGGUGUCAUUUGAACAAAGCCCCUAGGCUUUACCAUUACAAAUCCUCAUGAACUCACCAGUUCUGUGCUCAGCUACAAUCAACAAGAGCUUGGAGCUUAUAGAUGACGGAUUCUGUGCUGGCUAUGGAGAGGAUCAAAAUGGAGAACUGACCAGAGAAGACCACUCACACAGGGUUUAAGCCAAGAGAAAGUAUUAGCCAGCCAGUGUCUACACUGGAUGUUCAGGGUGACAGUGUAGCACUUGAGCCUUUCUUGGGGCAAGAAAAAGAAAACAUAAUCUGGGGUGACAUUCAAUUAACAAGAACAGUUAGCCAGAAGUGGAACAACAGAAGCUAAAAACAAGGUUAGUACAUUAGAAACUUUCCAAGAACUUUGGUAGAUUAGGGAUUUGUUUUAGUUUUGGCAGGUGGUAGUGUCAGUGUGCUGAGUUUUACAGCCUAAAUGGUAUUUCCAUCAUGGAGUCAGCUGUACUAAUGGGGAGGGAGGUUACUAAGGUCUGGGACUUCAUUAAAAGCACAAGGAAAGA